AUGGUGCCGCUUCAGUCGACUGUUGAGGAACAUAGAGCGGAAGCCCAGCUGCUCACAGCCCUGGAGGGCAGCCAGGUCCAGCUAGCGUGCGACAUCACCGCCCCGGGACCCGGCGACUUCCCCGUCCGAAUCCGCUGGUUCAAGGACUCCGGGCCGAACCCGGUGUACAGCGUCGAGGUGAACCCCAAGACGGGCAGCCUGUCGCAGAUCCGCCAGAGCGCCCAGCUGACCAGCCUCCAAGGACGUGCCUACUUCUCGGUCAUCCAGAGUCCGGCCGUGCUCAGCGUGGACCGGUUGAGGUACUCGGACAACGGCACCUACGUGUGCGCCGUGGACUUCAAGAAGGACUGGACGAGGAGGCUCACCACUCACCUCGUAGUCAUCGUGCCUCCGAAGCAGCCCCUGAUCCUGGACGAAAACGGGACCGCCAUCGAGAACAUGACUCGUCCAUACUUGGAAGGAGACGACUUGACGCUCACCUGUGACGUUUACGACGGAAAACCUGAACCCAUGGUGACCUGGUGGCGAGGCGCUGAAUUACUGCAGCAAGUGCUGAGCCGCACCCCAAACGGCAACCCUCGAGCCACUCUGUUCCGGCUCAAGCUGACCCGCGAGGACUACUUGGCCAAGCUCACGUGCACCGCCGCCAACAGCAACGUCACGGAGCCGGUCUCCACGAGCAUCACGGUGAACAUGUACUUGCAACCGGUGUCGGUGGAAAUCAAGGGCCCCCGCGGUCCCCUGUCCGCCGACCUCUCGGCCCAGGUCAUCUGCCAGGUGAACGGGUCACGUCCUGGCGCCUCCGUUCACUGGUUCCUAGGGCCGUACCAACUCAAUGACACCGAGACGCACGUCAUGUCUCCCAACACGACCCUGGGCGUCCUCCACUUCGUGCCGUCGAACAUGGAUCACGCUGCCAGGCUCCGCUGCGUUGCGACUAACUCCGUUCCCAGUCCGCGAAACCUGGUCCUCGAGGACUCUUGGAACCUGGAUGUUCACUAUAAGCCGCUGGUGCACCUCCGCCUCGGCAGCGGUUUGAACCCAGCGAGCAUCCACGAGGGCAUCGACAUCUACUUUGAGUGCAGCGUCCGCGCCAACCCCGGGGUCAGCGAGGUCACGUGGCGCUUCAACGGCCGCGAGCUGCACACCGACGGCUCCCGGGGAGUCAUCGUGAGCAACCAGUCGCUCGCCCUGCGGAGCGUGGGCCGCUCCAACAGCGGUUUCUACGCCUGCUCGGCCGCAAACUCGGAGGGCGAGUCCGAGAGCAGCCAGCUCAAGCUCAGGGUGUUACACGCUCCGUUGUGCCGCUCUCCGAAGCGACAGCAUUCGCACGCCGUGGCCAAACACGAGACCGUGGAGGUGCACUGCGACAUGGAGGCGGACCCGAGCGACGUGACUUUCACCUGGACCUUCCACCAAACGCAUCGGAACUUCCAGCUGGCUCCAAACGCGUCGUCUUCGACGCUCGGCGCCAACCACGCCCGCUCCGUGCUUCCCUACACGCCCAAGGUGGACUCGGAUUACGGCACACUGUACUGCUUGGCCAGCAACGCGGUCGGAGACAGCGUCGAGCCUUGCAUCUUCCAGAUCAUUCCAGUCGGUCCCCCGGCGACUCCGUUCAACUGCACGGUGGAGGAAGUGACGUCAGAGGGCGUCCACGUGACCUGCCAGCGCAGUGGCCCCGCCCAGCAACAGACGUUCCUGCUGGAGCUGCACGACGGCCAGAGCCCGGCCAUCGCCACCAACUUCACUUCCGGUCAGGCCAGCUUCCGGGUCCACUCGCUGCGGCCGGCCACGCGCUAUCGCGUCGUGCUGUACGGCGUGAAUGCCAACGGACGCAGCGAGCCGGUCCACAUGACCGUCGUCACGCUGCCCCUCGAACGGACUCUGGCGAGUCAAGGCGAGAAUGCAGAAGCAGCCUGGGCCCUAGGGUCGACGACAUUGUGGGCCGCCGUCCUCAGCGCUGCAGCUGCUUUCUUAAUCGUCUUCAUCGCGCUGACGCUGGGCAAAUUCCGACGGAAAGUGCUCUUCAAUCGAGGUAAAUGUCCGCUACGUUUAAGCAUUGUCUAA